AUGGAAGAUAAUUCUACAUCAGAAAUUCCCAAUGAUUCAGACCCCGAAGCUCAUACAAGUAACAGUCAAAAAAAAAGGGGCCGGCCAAAAAAUAUGCUUUGGGAUAAUCAUUUUAAAGAAAUUAAUCCACAUGGUGAUGGUCAUAAAGGUUGGGAAUGUUUAUAUUGUAAAGGUCAAAAUUCACGUGCAACUGACUUAAAUAUGAAUACACACUUGGCUUUAAAUUGUAAAAAAGUUCCAGUUAAUAUUAAACAAGAACUUUUACGAAAUUUUCCUGUACCAAAUCAAAAAAGAAAAACAAAAACAGAAUUAGAUAUUAUUACUAGUGCCCAACCACGAAUUGAUAGUAAAUUCCAAGUUAUAAGUAAACUAGAUGCUGGACAAGAAGAAUUGUGUCACAAAGCUUUAACACGAUUUUUUGUAUGUUGUGGAAUUCCUUUUUGGAUUGUUGAGCAUCCAUUUUUUCUAGAUUUUUGUAAAAAUUUAUGUGCUUCAUACAAACCUCCUGACCGAAAAACUUUAAGUAAUGAUUGGCUUAGUUUUGAAACUGCACGAAUUACAGUGACUAUGGAAAAAGAACUCCAAAAUGAAAAUAAUCUUACAUUAG